AUGUUCGGUCGAACUCCACAUAAUGGCGUGGUCCAAGUGGGCUCUCGCACAUUCGAAGCACAAGAACUGCAGAAGCUCAUUCCACAGCUUGAAGAAGCUAUUCAGAGGAAGGAUCAACAACUGAAAGCUCAGCAGGGAACGGUGGAAAAUCAUAUUCGACGUAUCGCUGAAUUGGAAGCUGAAGUAAAUUCAUUACAG